AUGAAGACUGUGCGCUACCGGUUACCAGAGGUGGCAUUAGAAGCAGAUAAGGUGCAGAAAGAAUUUUUGGAUAGUAUUGAGCGAGUAGUAGAAACACUAGAAAUUGAUGAGAGUAACCCCAUUUUACAGAGCAAUUCGCAGACAGCUACAGAAGCAAGCACCGAAGGGUUUGCAGAAGACAUGUCACUUAUGACAGCUGACAAUUUUAUAAAUAUACCGUCAAUUAAGACUGCUACGCCUACACGUUGGCACAGCAUUUUAGAGAUGCUGGAGAGUUUAAUUCAUGUUUGCAACCGUGAUCCAAUAAACAACAUGUUAAGAAAAGUAGGUAAAGAUAAGCUGAAAAUUACUCAAAAUGAGUGGAUUCUUUUGGAAGACUUAGUAAAGUUUUUUAAUCGAUUCCGUGAAGCAGUUGAAAUUCUGUCAUCCCAAAAGACCUGCACUAUGUAUGUUGCACUUGUAUUUCGCUCUGAAAUAAUUGAUGUUCUAAAAUCACUUGAUGAUGAUGAAUCAUUGGUUCUGUUUCGUUUAAAACGCAACAUGUUGGCGAAUAUUGAUAAAAGAUGUCCAGUUACUAAACCUGUAGUAGCUGCAGCUCUUUUGGACAAGCGGUUCAUGAGUCUUAAAGAGUUAGAUUUAUAUUUAGAGUCAAAAAAAUAUGACAAAGGCUUCCUUCCUUGCAUCUUAUAUAAAAGAAGUUAUAAAAUCGCAUGA